UUAUUGUCUAUGCUGUAUCCAUGGCACCCGGGUUACAGGGUUUCUAUAAAGAAAGUGACAUUGCCGACCGUUUUCUGCUCGUUACCUGAUGACGAUUUGCAUAGUGGGAUACUUUCGGUACCUUGUAACUUCACUACGACGAGUCGUAUUUGCCUAAAUUGCCAUACCCGCGUGGUCUGCAAAUCAAUCGGUGGUCUAGUGAAGCCAUGUCGCAGGUUAGAUAAACCUUAUUGCGUCGAUGGGAGAUGUACUGCUCGUCCAAGCAUUAAUUGUGCCGCAUACGGAAUAAUGGGAGCAAAUAAUACAGUGACAAUCGCCCCGGAAGAUACUGUGAACAUGGAAAAUACUACAGAAGGGAAUUCGACAACGACAAGUAACAUAGAGAACACUACAACUGAAGGAGACUCAAGAGAAGGAAGCACAAGUCAAGGAAGUACAACUGAAGGAGGUACAACCGAUGAUACAUCUGAUGAAAGUCCAAGUGAUGGAACUUCGAAAGGAACGACAGACGAGAAUUCGACCACGGAAAGUAUCUCAGAUGACACCACUGACAAGGAUGAGUCGGAAUUGAUUGCGGAGGGCAAUAAUAAUGACGAAUAA